UAACAAUGGAGGGGCAGCAAAGUGGGUGGACCCUUGCAUCACUGAGCCGCUUAGGUGACACAAAUUAGCGAACCACACAAAAGUCUCCCAUCUCCGUCAACUUCCGUUACAAGUUCACCGUCAUGGCCGAACCAGUCGAUUUGGCCAGUCUCACUUUCGCCCGCCUUCCGGGAAAGUCCAUUCCCGCCUCCGCCCGCCUGCUAGCCGCCAUCAAACAGACCGAGAAACGCACUUUCCCCGGCAACGAAGCCUUCGAUUUCGACUCGGAGCUCAAAAAACGCACGACAGUACUCCACUGCGUCUACCACACGAGAGCAGACGGACCCGAACUUUGCGGCUACACCGUUCACAUCCGUUCGAAACUGAUGACGCGGAUCCAUAAAGUCUGCGUGGUCGAGCCCUUCCGGGAACAAGGGAUUGGAAAGUGGAUGGUGGGUAUGGUUCUGAAGGAAUUGAAGAAGGCGGCGGCGGAGAAUGUUGAUCUUUGGGUGGAUACGACGAGGGUGUCGGCAAGGAGGCUUUAUGAAGCUUGCGGAUUCAAGGAGGUGCAGAUAGUGAGGAAUUACUACUCUCCUGGACGAGAUGGAAUACGGAUGGAGAGAAAUCUCGAGGUGGACGCUUGAGACGGGAGGCUUUAUGUGACGAAGAUGUGACCUGCCAUUGCUUCUGGGCCUCUGCCGAUGGUAUCAGGCCGUGCCGCAACCAUCUCAGCCGUCGUCAUGUCUAGUUGACGUACAAACCCUGUAUGUGCCGACGGCCUCAAAGAAAGCCAAAGCAUCCAGGGGGAAAUUUAGGUGAGGCGGUCGAUGAGGUAUGUUUCCGGAUGAGGACAAAGACAGAAGCUUUCAAGACAUGCACUGAUUGGACUGGUCAGAGGCUGGAGCUCUCUAUGGACAUUCAUCCGCGGAGCCGAGACCAAGCUUUGUGAUGGCCAGCGGAAGGUCUCCGUGAAUGCUGCGUAACCUUUUAAUCAGGAAGUGGUCAUCUAUUGAGAGAAAUAAAUGAGUGGAGUCGUUAUUCUGGG